GCGGAGCCGCCGCCGCCUCCCUCGCCAGGCACCGACCCGCCGCCGCCGCCGCCCGGUGCUGCCCGGGAGAUGCCGCUCGGCGCCCGGGGCUCGGCUGCGCUCCGGCCCCCGCCGCAGGGACCCGUGAGCAGGUUCAGAAGUUGCCACGGAGACCCUGACGGCUCUUGCCUCCGAUUCUGAGGGCCAGCAAAGUUCGUGAAUUAACGGCACCAGGCCCAGACCCACAGUGCCCUCAGUGAGAGGUGCCCCUCCUUGGAGGAGAAGUUCUGGGCCAGACUGGGCUUUCUCUAAAGGCUAGAGAUGGUGCUUCUGCAGUGUGUAUGAUUGGGCAAGACAUCACCGUGGGACGUGACCUCAUUGAACUGGCGCGGUGGAUUCCACGGGGUGGUGCGGCUAGCUGAGCUGGAAGCCCCAAGUGAAGGGAGUGAUGAAGAGGUCUGAUCGGAGUGGAUUUGCUGUCUGGGUCCAUCCCAACUGCUUCAGGCAAGGGCACACUCCUGUCGUCAGCCCCAGAUCAGCCCCUGUGCAGUGGUGUAGCUGUGGAAGCUCAAGGGGAAGCAGAAUCAGGCCAUUAAUUAUUCAUUAUUACUCGUAGAUGAGAGUCCAGUGUGCGCACCACAGGGGAAACUUUGCUGAAUAAAAGAGAAGUCAGGAUGGUGGGUUGGGGAGAUUGCCAUCGACUCCACGGCUCCGUAAUGCCCUGCCUCGGACAGAGGGAGCAGCAGGAGAGCCCGGGCCAGGCAAGGCACAAACCGAGUUGGGAACAGCAAGGACACCCAAGAGGAUUUAUUUUUGGUCCCUCCCCCCGUUUUUAAUAUCGAAUCAGCUCCCCUCACCCCCACCCUUCCUCGCUCUGUGACUCGUGCUUGGGAUCUGGGGGCUCGCUUCUUUCCCCUGCCCAAGUUGGAAUCCUUUCUCCGAUCCUCGCACCACGAGCAGCUGAGCACCAGCAUGAUGGACACUGAUGGCCAGCUCUGACGUGCAUGGCGGCCUGUGGCGAGUGACCGCGCUGUGCCGGCGAGGGACCCGAGGCGAUAGGGCACUGCUGCCAAGCCACCCACCAGCACAAAGCCCAGAGAAAUCCCGGGAAGAGAGAGACUGCGAGGGAGCACAGUGCGGGUCACCUCCGCCAGCUGCACGGGGAGUGGAAGGGGAACCCCACACCCUCUCAUUGCGCUGCUAGGCCAGCUCACCUGAUUGCUCCUCUCUGGUGCUGCACAUCCCCGCUGCCGACAUGAUGAUGUAUUUCUGGGGUAAUCAGGACGCCACGGCUCCUCCUGAAGCGAUGGCUCAGCCCUACCCCCCAGCCCAGUAUCCUCCGCCUCCCCAGAAUGGAAUCCCUGCAGAGUACGCACCCCCGCACCCGCACCCUCACCCCACACAGGAUUACUCGGGGCAGAGCACGGUACCGGAGCACGCCAUGACCCUCUACACACCAGCACAGAGCCACGCUGAGCAGCCGGGCACCGACGCCGGCACGCAGUCCAUAGCAGGGACGCAGACGGUAUCGGUAAGAGCCCCCAUGGAGCCCCGGGUGGGCAGCGGGGCUUUUCAGCAGACAGAUGAAGCCGCACAGACAGAGAGCCAACAGCUCCAUUCCUCAGAGAACUCAGACAAGCAGCAGCCCAAGAGGUUACAUGUCUCCAACAUCCCCUUCCGAUUCCGGGAUCCAGACCUGCGGCAAAUGUUCGGGCAAUUCGGGAAGAUCCUCGACGUGGAGAUUAUUUUCAAUGAGCGGGGCUCCAAGGGUUUUGGGUUUGUAACUUUUGAAACUAGCACAGAUGCCGACCGGGCACGAGAGAAGCUGAAUGGCACAAUCGUAGAGGGACGGAAAAUUGAGGUGAAUAACGCCACAGCCCGAGUCAUGACGAACAAAAAGGCUGCAAAUCCCUACAUCAAUGGCUGGAAGCUGAACCCAGUGGUGGGAGCUGUCUACAGUCCUGAAUUCUAUGCAGUAACAGGGUUCCCUUACCCAGCCACGGGGACAGCCGUGGCAUACCGAGGGGCGCACCUACGGGGCCGGGGGCGUGCUGUGUACAACACAUUCCGCGCCGCACCCCCACCUCCACCUAUCCCCACCUAUGGCGCGGUCGUUUAUCAGGAUGGAUUCUAUGGCGCUGAAAUUUACGGGGGUUACGCAGCCUACAGAUACGCCCAGCCGCCAGCAGCGGCAGCAUACAGCGACAGCUACGGCAGAGUGUACGCAGCUGCGGACCCAUACCACCACACCAUCGGCCCUGCUGCCACGUACAGCAUCGGCACCAUGGCUAGUCUAUACCGAGGAGGGUACAGCCGCUUCACUCCCUACUAGCAAGACACCCAGCCCCUCACCACACUAACACUGACUGCUCACUAGAAACCAAACAAACCAAACUAAGCAAAGGCAGAGCCUCCCGGAAGAACACGGUGCCCCUGCCAGGGGCCAGGGCUCUGCCCCGUACCUAGAACCAUAGGUUUUUACCUCAAGCUGCUCUCAUCCCGCGUCUCAUGUCUCUUUGCUCACCCACCUGUGUCUGUCUGUGACCUGCCCUGGCUGAACUGACUGUGUUGUAAAGCAAGCAGCCUGGCCACUGCCCUGCUGCGGGGCUGGGGCGGGGUCCUGCUCUCCCUAGACAUACAACCAGCAGCAAACCAUGGGAGAGAGCCCGGGCUGAGCCCCCUCCUCUGCCCCCGCUGCCAGGAACACGUGAAGUCCAAAGGCCAUGGCAUUCCAAGAGAGCUGCCUUCCUGCGCAGAGCCGCACCUGGGCCUGGCACAGUCUUCCAUUCUCUGGGCCUCUUCAUUGCCCCAGCUCCCUCCAGCACGCCCUCUGGCAGGCAAGCCUGCUCCUGCUAGGCCAGGCUUGUUCUUCUUGUGCAGGCGCCUGACCACAGCCAGGGCCCCUGGGCGGGGCACUGCUCACACAAGGGAAAGGAGCGGAGGGUUUGUCCCUUAGGAUAACAGGCUGUCUGGCAAAAUGGGCCGGGAGCUGUGGGCAAGGUGGAGGGUGCAGGGUAGCUAGCACUAGCAGGGAUAGCUGAGACUGGGGGGCAAUGAGCAUGGCCCCACCCCAAGACUACACUGGGGAAUAACACCUGCAUCCCUCUGCACAGCCUUUGGCCGAGACUUGGAACCUCCCAUGUGCGCCUGGCUCUGGGGAGCUGCACAUCAUCAUCGUCACAGCUUGGGGGGGGGGGGGGCAGCCUGUGUUUCAGGCCAUGAGAUGCCCUAGUGCCACAGGCCAGCUGGAGUUAGCUUGUCGUCCCUGGCCCAGCCACAUCCACCCCCUUCAGUCACUACGGGGGGAGAGGGAGAGACUGGAGUCAAGAGCCAGACUGCUCUGUGGGCCAGGCUAGGGUAAAGGACAAAAGCCGCCUAAUGAGAGAAGAGCUGCUUGGGGUGCAGGCCCAGCCAGGGGGCGAGCUCGGCCGUCUGCCUGGGCCUUUCUGGGGGGGACAACAGAACCCACUACACAGUCCUGGAGCCACUUUGUGCCAGCCCCACCCCACCUGCCCCUGGUGUUUGCUGAGCUGCCCCGGCAUUGGCAGUCCAUGCGCACAGGGCACAUGGGACACUGUGUGGCUGAGCUGGGCCCCAGGGCUGCGAAUGGCCAUGGGGUCGGGCGGGCUGGAGUCCAGCGGCCCCGCCUGCCUGGCUGCGCCCCGUGGCCCCGCUGUGGGGCUGACCCUGGGCGCUGCGCUCAGCUCCCGGGUGGCUGCACAAGUUCUACCUUUCUGUUUGUG